GGUGGAUGCUGGGGUAGGGCGAUAGAAGCAGAGAUAAGUGAGGCAUAGUGCUGGCUCCCUAAGAAAAAGACUGUGCUCCCCCCCCCCCGGGACUCUGCCUCCUGCCACCCUUAGCUUCCUUGGCCAUGCAGCCCCUCACAGCCCACUCUGAGCGCCAGUCUCGUCCGCCCCUCUGACUUUGUUCUGUCCUACCUCAGCCAGGCUCUGCAACGAGAGUAUUCCCAGAGGAAAGUGACACAAAGAAAAGGGAGGGGGGCAGAAGGAGGGAAUCCCGCUGACAUCACUGCUCAUUAGCAUAUGUGACCUCAUCAGGGGGCGGGACAGUUCCCCAGGUGUCUGCGGGGAGGGCAGAUGAGGGGUGGUAUUUAAAGGGAAAAGCUGCCAGUGCUGCCAGUGAGGGAGCGGGUGCUGCGAGCUGCUGGGCUGCGCUCACACACGCACACAGAUGCACACAGACCCCGACACCGACAUGGACACGGACACAGAAACCACAGCACUUUGUCCGUCCGGCAGCCGCCAGGCCUCCCCACCAGGGACACCCACACCAGAAGCAGAUGCCAUACUUCUGAAGAAGCCAGAGAAACUCUUUGCAGGGCUGGACCGAAGCGGGCCACCCCCUGUCCCUGGAGCCCCCCGACGAAGAGGCAGUAUGCCUCUCCCCUACAAGCACCAACUGCGGCGGGCUCAGGCUGUAGAUGAACUUGACUGGCCUCCUCAGGCCUCAUCCUCUGGCUCUUCCGAUUCCUUGGGCUCAGGAGAGGCAGCCCCUCCCCAAAAGGAUGGCGUCUUCAAGGUCAUGCUGGUGGGGGAGAGCGGUGUAGGCAAGAGCACCCUAGCAGGCACUUUUGGCGGUCUCCAGGGAGAGAGUGCACACGAACUAGAGGAUGCAGAAGACACCUAUGAGAGACGCAUCACGGUGGAUAAAGAGGAAGUGACUUUAGUUGUUUAUGACAUCUGGGAACAGGGGGACGCAGGGGGGUGGCUGCGGGACCACUGCCUUCAGACGGGGGACGCCUUUCUCAUCGUCUUCUCAGUCACCGAUCGACGAAGCUUCUCCAAAGUUCCAGAGACCUUACUUCGGCUCCGGGCUGGGAGGCCCCAUCACGACCUACCUGUCAUUCUCGUGGGAAACAAGAGCGACCUGGCCCGCUCCCGGGAGGUGUCAUUGGAAGAAGGCCGCCACUUGGCCGGGACGCUGAGCUGCAAGCACAUCGAGACAUCUGCCGCGCUGCACCACAACACGCGGGAGCUCUUCGAGGGCGCGGUGCGCCAGAUCCGGCUUCGGCGGGGCCCGGGCCGCGGCGGGGCCUCGCAGCUAGAGUCGGGCAGCCCGGAGGGCCCCACGCCGCCCGGGCGCCGCGAGAGCCUCACUAAGAAGGCCAAGCGCUUCCUCGCCAACCUGGUGCCGCGCAACGCCAAGUUCUUCAAACAGCGCUCCAGGUCGUGUCAUGACCUCUCUGUGCUCUGAGCCGCGGUCGCCAUGGCCACUGCGGUCGCCAUGGCCACCCUUCCCUGCUCGCCCCCCUCGCCCCGCCCCGUCCGGCCUCUUUUGUGGAGGCCGUCUAGGAAACCAAAAACUCCCAGGAUCCUCUGGGUCGGGGGGCGGGGCCGCACCCCACCGCCCAGCGCUUAGUUGCCCGCCACCGGGCGCGUGCGUGUGGAAGGGGCGGACGCAGGUUUCGCGCGGGUGGUGGUCGGGUCAGGAAGGAACAUAGUCCUGAAAGGUAAUUUUGUUUUUUCUUAAUGCUUGGGCACUUCUGUAAAGAAAUUCUAAAAACGGUAGCUGGAAAAGUGGUUUGUAGACUCCUGGACGGAGAGGACUUCGUUCUACUCCGAACCUGUCUCGCCUUUAAGAUAGUCUUAAAGGUAAGGUGACGGAGACCCUGCUUCGAGAGACUUAACCUCCCACGCCGGUCCACUUUGCCCUUAAGUGCUGAAAAGGAAGGGGCUGGAAGUGCUGCUCUUGAGGUUGGAUUCUGUGAUUUACUGUCCCACGGUGGCACUUCCCCUUUAAGGUAUUAAAGGUAAAGUGUGGACAGACUUUCUGCCUUUAAAUGCCGGAAGGAAGAGCAGAGCAGUGGCGAUCCCUGGGCCAGGGCCCGGGAGGCACCAGCAAGGGACCACCCCUUCCCUUUUCAAUAAAUAAUUUUUCUAUUUCA